AUGGGGCGCGAGCUGGUGGUGCUGCUAUGCGCGCUCGCACUCGUGCUUGCCUGUGCCGAAGCGAAAUCGAGUAGUAGUAAUCGAGUGAAGCGACAGGAGGACAAGAAGGACGACAAGUCGUACGAGAACGAAAUCUGCAACAAUAAGGACGCCGGGGAGUGGUUCAGGCUCGUAGGCGGCGAUGGUGACGGCUGCCGCGACGUGAUCCAGUGUACAAGUUCGGGUCUACAGGCCAUCCGUUGCCCGGCCGGUCUCUACUUCGACAUCGAAAAGCAGACCUGCGACUGGAGAGAUGCGGUCAAGAAUUGCAAACUCAAGAGCAAGGAGCGCAAGAUCAAGCCCCAGCUCUUCACCGAGGAGCCCCUGUGCCCCGACGGCUCGUUAGCCUGUGGCGAUGGUACCUGCAUCGAGAGAGGACUCUUCUGUAAUGGGGAGAAGGAUUGUAACGAUGGAUCGGACGAGAACGUUUGCGACAUGGACAACGACCCGAACCGCGCCCCUGCCUGCGAUCCAGCCACCUGCGUUCUUCCUGAUUGCUUCUGCUCGGAGGACGGCACGACCAUUCCCGGCGACCUGCCCACCAAAGACGUACCCCAGAUGAUCACCAUUACCUUCGAUGACGCCAUCAACAACAAUAACAUUGGCCUUUACAAGGAGAUCUUCAACGGCAAGCGCAAGAACCCCAACGGCUGUGACAUCAAGGCAACCUUCUUUGUCUCGCACAAGUACACCAACUACUCGGCCGUCCAGGAGAUGCAUAGGAAGGGCCAUGAGAUUGCCGUGCACUCGAUUUCGCACAACGACGACGAAAGAUUCUGGUCCGAGGCCACUGUGGAUGACUGGGCCAAAGAGAUGGCCGGCAUGAGGAUCAUCACCGAAAAGUACGCCAAUCUGACCGACAACAGUGUCGUGGGUGUGCGCGCCCCGUAUCUCCGGGUGGGUGGCAACAAUCAGUUCACGAUGAUGGAAGAGCAGGCCUUCCUCUACGACUCGACCAUCACCGCUCCUCUGAACGACCUGCCUCUGUGGCCCUACACCAUGUACUUCAGGAUGCCCCACCGCUGCCACGGCAACCUCCAGAAAUGCCCGACCAGGUCACACGCUGUUUGGGAGAUGGUGAUGAACGAACUGGACCGUCGCGAGGACCCGGAAAACGACGAGUACCUGCCCGGCUGUGCUAUGGUUGACUCGUGCUCGAACAUCCUAACCGGCGACCAAUUCUACAGCUUCCUAAACUACAACUUCAAGAGACACUACGAGCAAAAUCGAGCUCCUCUUGGUCUCUACUUCCACGCAGCUUGGCUGAAGAACAAUCCCGAUUUCUUGGACGCGUUCCUCUAUUGGAUCGAUGAGACUCUCAAGGACCACAGUGACGUGUACUUCGUGACGAUGACACAGGUGAUCCAAUGGAUCCAGAAUCCACGCACCAUUACCGAGUCCAAGAACUUUGAGCCCUGGAGGGAGAAGUGUGCCGUCGAAGGACCACCAGCCUGUUGGGUGCCUCAUUCCUGUAAGCUGACCUCCAAGGAGGUUCCCGGGGAAACGAUCAACCUCCAGACCUGCGUGCGCUGUCCCAACAACUACCCUUGGAUCAAUGAUCCGACUGGCGAUGGUUAUUAUUAAAUCCCAGAAACCCCAAUAAACACGAAUUACC